AUGUGUCGCCGCAUUAAUUACUUCUUCCUCCUUUCCCUGUUUCUCUCACAGAGGAAGUCCCUCAGAGACCAGUGGCUGAUGGAAGGACCUCCUACAUCUCCUGACAGUACAGGACCUCGAUCACCCCUCUGGGGCGCUAAUGCUCAGGAGAUAGAGACACACAUUAACAAAUUACAGGUGACGUCUGAGCAGUUGGCAGAGGAAGAACUGAAACUGAAGCAACUCAUUGAAGACGGUUCCAGUCAAACUGGCACAGACGCUCAGACACAGCAUAAGGGAGAGGCCGUGGUGGAGCCAGUGGGAGCAGCAAUUGCUGAGGCAGACCCUAAUGGACCUAUCAUGGAGAACGGAAAAGAGGAAAACAAAGAUGAUUCAGUGCAGGCUGAAAAUCACGAUGGGGAGGAAGCAGGAACGAUUACUGGUGCUAAAACAGAAACAGACACCACACCACCUCUUAACGGAAAUGCUCUUAACGGAAAUGUGGAAGGAGAAUCAUCACACAAUAGUCCAGAAGAGGACGAACAUGCUUCUGCUAACGACUUUAACAGCCACCCUGCUGAAGGACUAGGUGCUGGUGGUGUAACUAUGACCUUCCUUGGCUUUAAGGAGGCGGAGCCUGGGCAGGGAGUAGAUGAGGAUGAUGACGGCGGAGCAAUUAUUCGAGCAGAAAGAGUCAUCAUCACAGACGAAGGGGAGGAAAUCCCAGAGGAGGAUGACAAAACUUCUCAAGAACCUACCGUGGACGCCACAAAUGAAGACAUUUCUGGAAACACAGAAGAAAAUGGUGCUGAGGAAAAGACAGAGAACCAUCCGGAAGCUACUGCUGACCCAGAACAGGCAGAAGUGAUUGAAGAUCCUCCUGCUGAGGAGAUACCUACAGAUGUAGCAGUUGAAGGUGAGACACAAGAUCUUGAGCAAGAGGAGAAAGAUCCCCAGAAUGUGACAGUAGAUGGCACUAUCGAGGCAGCCCAGGUUCCAGUGUAUUCCACAGCACAACCAUCUCCAACAAUCAGACCAAAAGUCGAAGCAAACACAACAGAAUCGCAAACCCCAAAAGACGAGGAGGUCAAGCCCACCAUGCGCAUCUCGCUCAGCCAAUUUCAGGAAGUUCCACUGGAUGGCGCCGGAGAAACAGUGGAGUUAAACGCCAAGGCAGAAACAGAGAAACAGCGUGCCGAACAAGAGCCUCUGCUCGUCUCCAAAGCAGCGGCUCAGCUGGAUACCAGCGCCGCAAAUCGAGCAGAGGACGCAGGUGCACCAAAACAAAAAACCUGCCAAUGCUGUUUGAUCAUGUGAACACUCUGUUGACGUUUGACUGACUCUUUUUAUUCUCCAUUCUUUUUCAUCUUGUCUGUUACUCUGAAUAUAGAGUUUGUAUUUCAAGACAUUCGUUUUUUUGAUCUUCAGCUGUUCACAUCGAAACUUGCAGCGGCGUCAAAGCACAAAGUGUUUAUGAUGUACUGAAGCCUUCGAGACUUGCAUUGCCUUCGCUGUAUUGAAUUCCCCACAACUCUUUUCUGUGUAAGAAGAAGCACAUUGCCUUGCAGGAAAAGACUGGAAAAGGCUUCAGUGUGCAUGUUGUUGUUGAUAUAUCACCAUUGGUUGCAUUCCCAGCCUCUGGUGUCUGAUUAUGAUCCUGUUUUUAAUGUCUGGCGACUCUAGAGCGAUGGCUGCCGACCCACAGAGGCCUUGACGGUUUUAACACUAUACCGUAUAAAAAUAUUUUGUUUUCUCAGUGCCGUGGGAAUUGACCCACGUGGGUAAUUAAUAAGUCUCAACCUACAAUAGUUGUGGCAUUCUCUAUUAGAAACCAUUCGUGUGCCUUGUUUAUGAAUCAAAACAAAGAGACAGCAAAGAGAUGGAAUGGUUUCCUGUGAUUUUUAUGCACGCUGUAACAUCUUCAGAGUUUUUGUAUUGUUGAUGUGAACUGAGUUUCAGUUUGAUUGCUUUUAUUGUUACAGUGCCUUUAACUGCCCGACAGAAGCGUUUUUAGACUUUAAAGGCAUGGUUUACCCAAAAUUCAAAUGUCUGUGCUGAAAAUCAUUUCAUGUUGUUCCAAAGAAAACAGUUUGUUCUGCAGAACACAGAAGAUCAUUUAAAGAGUGUUUCAAUAAAGAGACAUUAUUUUGUCCUGCAGAAGAAAG